UUGGAACCUUGAUACGAUUUGUUAAUGAAAUCAGUUCAGCGAAAUCUUUGUCAUUUUGGUGGCGAUCGUGCUCUUUAACCGAUGUAAUUUUUUUCCGUGAGGAUCCGACGAUAACAUAUUUCGGGUUUGUGGAAAAUAUUCAAGUGCCAAGGCACAGUCCGGAAAGAGGAUUCUUUAUUGAUUGAAUCGCAUUGUUCAGUGUGAAUUUUGUAUAGAAAAAAUUGAAGAGAAAUAGUGGAAAUUAAUCGAAAAUGCCGGAUAUAAGUGAUGUGCUUGAGUUGCAAUUGCAACGAUUUUCCUGGUCUGACUACACAUGUUUUGUCAUGAUGCUGUUGGUGUGCAUCGUGAUUGGCAUUUACUUUGGAUUUUUCGAGAAAAAGCCCAAUACUGAAGAUGAGUAUUUGGUAGGUGGAAGAAAUAUGCCUAUUGUGCCUGUUGCAUUCUCUCUUGUGGCUAGUUUCAUAAGUGGAAUUACGUUUGUGGGGCUGCCUACGGAAGUAUAUUCGUUCGGCAUACAAUAUUUGUACAUAUCAGGUGGUGUUUUAUUAAUGGGAUUUUUUAUGAGCACAUUCUAUUUGCCAGUAUUUCAUGAAUUGAACAUUACGUCGACAUACGAGUACUUGGAGGCUCGAUUUGAUCGUCGUUUGAGAAUGUUCGGUGCGGUGAUGUUUACUAUAAUGAACGUUGCAUAUCUGCCAAUUGUGGUUUAUGUGCCUGCAUUGGCAUUCAACCAAGUUACUGGAGUGAAUAUUCACACAAUCACACCGAUAGUGUGCAUCAUUUGUGUGUUCUACACAUGUGCGGGUGGAUUGAAAGCUGUCGUAUGGACUGACGUUAUUCAAACCGUUUCGAUGUUUGGCGCAUUGAUUAUCGUCGCAGUUAAAGGUACUUUGAAUGUUGGUGGCUCCAAUAUUGUGUUUUCCGAAGCUUGGAAUACUGGUCGAAUUGAAGCACCAAUAUUGGAUAUUGAUCCAACUAUUCGGCAUUCAUUAUGGUCGCAGGUAGUCGGUGGCAUUUUAUAUUGGCUACAAGCUAAUGCUGUCUCCCAAAACAUGAUUCAACGCUAUUUGGCGCUACCCACUUUAAGAGCAGGCCGAAUUGCACUCUAUAUUUUCAUUUCUGGUGUAAUAACUCUGAUGCUAUUGUGUUCCUAUAUUGGAUUGCUAAUCUAUGCCACGUACAAAGAUUGCGAUCCAUUGACAACAAAAUUGGCUUCGGCUCGAGAUCAGUUAUUGCCACUGUUUGUGAUGGAUACGCUUGGUGGUGUUCAUGGGCUGACAGGUUUAUUCGUAGCUGGGGUUUUCAGCGCUGCUCUUAGCUCUCUAUCGACAUGCUUAAAUUCAAUGUCUGCCAUCGUUUUGGAAGAUUUUGUUAAACCGUUUGUAAAGAAACCGUUAUCAAACACAGCCAUCAAUUGGAUUAUGCGAAUGGUUGUCGUUGUCAUGGGUACCAUUUGCGUUGCUCUUGUUGUUGUUGUGCAAAAAAUGGGAACUGUACUUCAGUUGACUAUGAGCUUGGAAGCCAUUACAAACGGGCCAUUGCUGGGAAUUUUCACCAUUGGCAUUCUUCUACCCUGGAUCAAUGCAACGAAUACGUUGAUUGGUGGAAUUUGUGGUGUGAUUGCGAUGUCGUGGGUUAGCUUGAACGCACAAUGGGCCAUUGCUUCGGGUGCUAUUCGUUUCGAGCACAAACAAAUGUCGAUUAGUAAUUGUUCAUAUGAUUUUGAGUUAGCGGUUGAUCCGGUGUUCAUUGAUGAACCUGAAACAUUUGCGCUGUAUCGAAUUUCUUACAUGUGGUACACUGCCUUCGGUUGCCUAACCACAAUGAUGGUAGCAGGUUUGGGGACGUUUAUCACUGGUGCCAGUGACUCCACACUGGUUGACCUCAAAUUGCUUGCACCAUGCAUAAGAAAGUAUAUUCGAGUUGAUGAUCGUGUUAGAAAAUUACCGAAAAAAUCCCAUCCAAAUCGAAACGUCAUCCCAGAAGUCGACGAAGAAAGCAUUGGAGAUAAAGAAUCGGCCCUAUAAAAAGAUCCAUAACCUACAUCGAAAUGCGUUAAAAAUCAAUUUAAUCUAUUGAAUGAAUAAAAUCGACAAAUUCCAAAACAA